AAAUGAGGAGAAGAAAUGAAAAUUUGUUUGAACUCCAAGCCAUGGUCUAGGGAUAAAAUAGUACUUUCACUAAAAAGUCAUUUUUUUAUCACUUUUUUUUUAAACUAUAGGCCAAAUUUCAUAGCCCCUCAAAAAGAGACCAUCCGUACACAUUUACAUUUAAUUUUCCAAUUUGCGUUUUCAUUACGAUUUUUGGAACCAGAACCGCAAGUUCGCAAAGCAGCUGUGAAAAUGUCUGUUACUUUGCACACAAAUCUCGGAGACAUCAAGUGCGAGAUUUUCUGCGAUGAAGUCCCGAAGUCUGCCGAGAACUUUUUGGCAUUGUGUGCAAGUGGUUACUAUGAUGGAACCAUAUUCCAUCGCAAUAUCAAAGGUUUUAUGAUACAAGGUGGAGACCCAACCGGCACAGGAAAAGGGGGAACCAGCAUAUGGGGCAAGAAGUUUAAUGACGAGAUAAAAGAGUCACUCAAGCACAAUGCAAGAGGGAUAUUAUCAAUGGCUAAUAGUGGAGCGAAUACGAAUGGAAGCCAAUUUUUUAUAACUUAUGCAAAGCAGCCACAUUUAAAUGGACUAUAUACUGUUUUCGGCCGAGUGAUUCAUGGGUUCGAAGUACUUGACAUCAUGGAAAAGACACAAACUGGACCAGGUGAUCGUCCUCUCGCAGAGAUCAGGCUCAAUCGAGUGACGAUACAUGCUAAUCCUCUUGCAGGCUAACCUUGAAUUAGCAGUAGUUGAAAUGAAGAUGAAUAUUGAUGGCAGUCUCAGUAUUCAAGUGGCAUGAAGCGUUAGUGUUAAGAGCUGCUGUGAUCAGCUGUAAGUCAGCUGUAAGCUGUGUAACGAAACAACAUGAGAGGUUCGAAAUAGAGAAUUAGAAGUAAACCAUACACAACUAACGGAUGGCUUAUGGUAUCUUCAGAGGUACUACGUUUAACUGCUCCUAUAGAAUCGAUUUCGUGAGGGCAUUCUCAUGAAUUUGAUUUUGUAUUUUUAUCUUUCGGUGUAUAUUUAUUUACACUGGUUUGGUUUUGUGCAUCUUGGAGUGUUUGGCAUGCAAUAAAAGCACAAAGUUGAGUUGAUAAUUA